AUGGAAGUUCACAUAUCGGAACAAUUCGUACCGCCACAAUUCAAGAUGUACGACGGAACGUCUUACCCGAACGCCCACGUUAAAUCAUUUAUCAAUGCCAUGACCUUCCGAACCGGAUGCGAUGCCAUUUGGUGCAGAGCGUUCUCUCUGUCUCUGGAAGGAGAAGCCUUGGAAUGGUUUAACUCGCUGCCGGUUAAUUCUAUUGAGAAUUUCAAGAGUUUGGGAGAAAUGUUCAAGAGGCAGUUUGCCGCAAGCAGUAUGGAGGAUGUGACGGUCGUAGACUUGAUGAACUUGAAGCAGGGUAAGGAAGAGUCUCUGAAGUCUUUUAUGGAUCGGUAUCAGAAAACGGUCCGCAGAGUUAAGGGCCUAAGUUUAGAACUAGCCCUACAGUACGUGAUGCCUGCAUUGAGACCAGGCCCCUUCAAAGACAAUGUGUGCUGGAAUCCCCCCAUUACUAUGGAGGAGUUGAGGAAAUGGGCGGUCGACGAAGCUCGGGUGGAAAACAUGAAACAAAACUAUAGGCGAGAACAACAAGAAGCUAAGGCUGAGAAGGGGGACAAUCGGAAAGCUGAAGGUCAAGGAAGUAAACCGAACGGACCUAGACUCAAAGAAGGGCCAAGGGGCCCCAGAUUCCCACAUUACACUCCUCUCAAUGUCCCCAGAGCUCGGAUAUUGCAGGAGGCGUUGAGCACCCAAAUCCUGCCGGCACCUCAAAAACGACCCACACCGCCAGGGGCAGAUAUGAGUAAGCGAUGCCUAUAUCACCAAAAUUCCGGACACGAUACGGAAGAUUGCGUGACAUUGAAGGAUAAGAUUGAGGAGCUCAUCCGAAUGGGACGACUUCAACAGUAUGUCAGAAGAGAGGAUGUCCACCGAACGGAGGGACCGUCUAAAAGAGAACACUCUUACUCAAGACCGGCUAGUCCGAUCCGAAGCACCAGGAGGGAAGCGAACUACUGGACAUAUGAUCGUCCGCCUAGAGAUCAGGGGAGAAGGACGGACGGAAGGGACAGGAAUCGCAGUAGGGACACUUCGAGAGGACCCUUAAGAGGAACGAUAAACACCAUCUCCGGAGGCUUCGCGGGAGGAGGGUCCACUUCGUCCGCCAGAAAGAGGAGCAUCAAGGCGCUGAGGUCCAUACACGCUGUUGACGUCCGAAAAAGGUCAAUGCCGCCCAUCACCUUCUCGGACGAAGAUUUUCACGCCCCCGAUCCUGAUCAGGACGACCCAAUGGUUAUCAACGUUGAGAUAGCCCGGUACGGAGUGAAUAGGGUAUUGGUGGACCAGGGAAGCUCGGUUAACAUACUGUAUUGGAGAACGUUCCUCCAAAUGGACGUAUCUGAGGACCUCAUCGUCCCUUACGACGAGCAGAUUGUAGGAUUUGCCGGGGAACGGGUGGAUACGAAGGGCUAUGUCGACCUCAACACCCGCCUGGGUAUCGGGCGGGAGAGCGAGGAGAUGAAGGUGAGGUUCAUACUGGUGGAUGCAACUACUGCUUACAAUGUUCUGUUGGGACGGCCGUGUCUUAACGCAUUCGGGGCGAUCGUUUACACCCCCACUUAA